CUGCAAAAACCUCCACUCUUUCUCUUCUCUUCUCUUCUUUUCUCUUCCUCCAUAAACACAAACACAAAAACUCAACCUCCCGCUUCGAAAACACAUUCGAAAAAAAAACCCCAUUUUCUCUCUCCUCACUAUAAACUUGGUUCAUAGAAAAACAAUUUCUUCUUCUUCCUUCUCUUUUCACUGCAAAAAAACUUUCUCUUUCUCUCUCCUCUUCACUUUUCCGACACUUCUCAUAAUCCACAAUUAGGGUUUUAGCGGUUUCAAUCAGGAAAUUUUCUUCAUCUUUCAUAUUCUUUCAAGGAGUAAUUUGUUUAAAGUGGUAGUAGAAGAUGUCGAUGGAUAUUACUUCAUAUCUGCUGGCAGCACAAUCACCUGAUGCAAAAGUCCGCACGGAAGCUGAGGCUAGCCUCAGACAGUUUCAGGAACAGAACUCUUCCGGUUUUCUGCUGGCAUUGUCUGUUGAGCUCUCAAAUGAUGGAAAGCCAAUUGAGUCUCGGAGAUUGGCUGGUAUAGUGCUGAAGAAUUCAUUGGAUGCUAAAGAUUCUUCUCGGAAGGAGCACCUUGUGCAGCAGUGGGUGUCUAUCGAUGCUUCUAUGAAGUUGCAGAUAAAGGAGUCACUUUUGAGGACACUAAGAUCUGUGAUACAGGAAGCAUGGCACACUUCAUCACAAGUUAUUGCGAAAAUCGCGUCCAUUGAAAUUCCUAGAAAGGAAUGGCCUGACCUGAUUGCAUCUUUGCUUAACAAUAUGACUCAACCAGAUAGUCCAGCUUCAUUGAAACAAGCAACAUUGGAGACACUUGGGUAUGUUUGCGAGGAGACAUCACAUCAGGAGCUGGAGCAAAGUGAAGUGAAUGCCAUUCUUACAGCGGUUGUUCAGGGCAUGAGCCUUGUUCAACAUAGUCCUGAAAUUCGUCUUGCGGCAACAAAGGCUUUAUAUAAUGCUCGCUUUGCACAAACUAACUUUGAGAAUGAGAUGGAACGAAAUUACAUUAUGAAAGUUGUUUGUGAAACUGCAGCAUCCCAGGAGGUGCAGAUUAGGCAGGCUGCUUAUGAAUGUCUUGUGGCGAUUGCAUCAAUGUACUAUGAAGUGCUUGAGCCCUACAUGCAGACUCUGUUUGAGCUUACAUCAAAAGCAGUAAAAGGAGAUGAAGAGGUCGUUGCUCUUCAAGCAAUUGAAUUUUGGAGCUCCAUAUGUGAUGAAGAGAUUGAGAUUCAAGAAUCAUUUGGUGGCCAGAGCGAUCAGUCUGAACCUCCCCAUUCUCGCUUCAUUGAGAAGGCUUUGCAGUUUCUUGUACCGAUGCUGUUGGAAACUUUAUUGAAGCAAGAGGAGGAUCAGGACCAGGAUGACAGCAUUUGGAAUCUGUCAAUGGCUGGUGGGACGUGUUUAUGUCUUGUGGCCAGGACAGUUGGUGAUGCUAUUGUGGGGCUUGUGAUGCCUUUUGUGGAGGCAAACAUAUCUAGUCCAGAAUGGCGGUGCCGUGAAGCAGCUACAUAUGCCUUUGGCUCAAUCCUGGAAGGCCCUAGUGCUCAGAAGCUCUCGCCUCUAGUUGAUGCAGGCUUAGAAUUCCUUCUUAAGGCAAUGAAUGACCAAAAUGAUCAUGUAAAGGACACAACUGCUUGGACGUUGAGCCGUAUAUUUGAGCUGUUGCAUUGUCCAGCUUCUGGAUUUUCAGUCAUUACUGCUGCCAACCUCCAACCUAUUCUGGCUGUUCUGCUAGAAAGCAUCAAGGACACUGCACAUGUGGCUGAGAAGAUAUGUGGUGCUAUAUAUUACCUUGCUCAGGGUUUUGAAGACGAGGAAGCAAUCUCAUCUAUCAUCACACCUUAUCUCCCACAAAUUAUAGCUUCUCUCAUUGCUGCUGCUGAUAGAACAGAUGGCAAUGACUGUAAACUCCGGUCUGCUGCAUAUGAAACUUUGAAUGAGGUUGUUAGGUGCGCUAUUGUGCCAGAAACAGCUCAAAUCAUUGAACAGCUGCUUCAUGUUAUUAGGAGUAAGUUAGAGCAGUCUUUUGAUCUUCCAAUUGAUAAAGAAAAGCAAGGAGAUUUGCAAGCACUACUCUGUGGUGUCUUACAGGUCAUCAUCCAGAAACUUAAUGAUGAUUCGACGAAGCAGAUCAUUCUUAAGUUUGCUGAUCAGAUCAUGAUCUUGUUCCUUAAAAUAUUUGCUUCCCGCAGUUCUACAGUUCAUGAAGAGGCUAUGCUUGCUAUCGGUGCAUUAGCUUAUGCAACUGGACCAGAAUUUGGCAAGUACAUGUCUGAGUUCUACAAGUAUUUGGAGAUGGGUUUACAGAACUUUGAAGAAUACCAGGUCUGUAGCGUUACAGUUGGGGUAGUUGGUGAUAUAUGCCGUGCUCUGGAUGAUAAGAUUUUACCUUACUGUGAUGGUAUUAUGUCCCUCCUUCUCAAGGAUCUCUCCAGUGGUGACCUUCAUCGUUCUGUCAAACCACCAAUAUUCUCAUGCUUUGGUGAUAUUGCUCUUGCAAUAGGAGCACAGUUUGAGAAGUACUUUGGCUAUGCUAUACCCAUGCUUCAGAGUGCAUCUGAGGUGUGUGCUCAGAUGGACACAAAUGAUGAUGAGGUGAUGGAAUAUGGCAAUCUUCUCAGGCGCAGUAUAUUUGAAGCUUACUCUGGGAUACUGCAGGGUUUGAAGGAUACUAAGCCGGAUCUCCUUGUACCACAUGCACAACAUCUCCUGCAAUUCUUAGAAUUUGUCUUUAGAGACAAACAGAGAGAUGAGAGCGUGACAAGAGCUGCAAUCGCAGUUUUGGGUGAUCUUGCGGAUGCACUUGGUCAAAAUGCAAAGACAUUUUUGAAAGACUGCUCAUUUUGUGUUGAAUUCAUCCAUGAGUGUCUGGAAUCUGGUGAUGAACAGCUAAAGGACACUGCAUUAUGGACUCAGGGUAUGAUUGGUCAUGUUAUGGUUUCAUGAGGUGAAGCAAGUAUUAUUGUAUUGCUCCAGAAAGAAAAAAUUCAAUGUGUCAUUGCCUCUGUUCUCAGCCUUGCGGGGUAUCAGGAAUGAGUCAUGUCAGGGUUAAAGAGUCUGAGGUCCAGUAUUCACGUCUUCACAGACGUAAAUUUUGGUCUUCACAAGGUUUGUAGUCGCCUUUGUCGUUUUGGGGUCGGGAUCUAGGUCGGGUUGGGGUGGGGGAAGGGUGUCAGGGGAUGAUCCUUAUCUAUCAGGUCACUGGAUCAAGGGGUGGCCUACUAUUGGCCUUGUGAAACUUUGAUUAAUUCAAUGCAUCCACUACUUUGGUGGUUUGAGUCUUCUGUUUGCUCAUUGUUUAAUUAUUAUUUCAUGUAAAGUUAUUUGGUAAUUUCAUAAAUUUUUGCAUGAUCA